UGAGACCAAGACCACGAGCAGAUCAGCAGACCCAGAACGCGAGAACCAAAGCUCCCACGCACGAUGCUGUCUCGCUUUCUGUCUGUUACUGCUCGCCGUCUCCGCACGCGCCACCCGACCCGCAGACUGCACGCCGGCGCGGGCGCCGUCGUCGCUCCUCCGGCUCCGGCUCAGGCGGCGCUGGUCCAGAGCGGGAUCCGGCCGGAGUCGCUGCCGCGGCACGUGGCGGUGGUGAUGGACGGGAACAGGCGAUGGGCGCAGGCGCGGGGGAUGCUGACGGCGGAGGGCCACGAGGCUGGCCGUCGUGCGCUGGAGCACACGAUAUGGCGCUCCCAUGCCUGGGGCAUCCGCGCGCUCACCGUGUUCGCAUUCUCCCAGGAGAACUUCGGCCGCCCCAAGAUGGAGGUCGACUACGUGAUGGGAUUGAUCGAGCGGACGAUCCGCGAUAACAUCGACGAGUACGCGAGGAACGGGAUCCGGAUGCAUGUCAUCGGCGACCCCUCAAGACGGCCGGCUUCUCUGCAGAACGCUGCUCGGGAAGCGGAGGAGAUGACGAGGAACAACUCGCAGCUCCACCUGAUGCUGGCGACCUGCUACAGCGGGCGAUGGGACAUCGUGCGAGCGUGCCGAGAGCUCGCCGGCGAAGUGCAGGGCAACCUCCUCAUGCCGGAGGACAUCGACGAGUCGUUGCUUGCUAGCAAGCUCGCGACAGGCGUCGCCGGAGAGUUCUCGUGCCCCGACCUGGUCAUCAGGACGAGCGGCGAGGUGAGGCUGAGCAACUUCUUGAUGUGGCAGUCCGCCUACUCUGAGCUCUACUUCACCGACACAUUGUGGCCGGAUUUUGGGGAGGCCGAGUACCUGCAGGCGUUGACCUCAUUCCAGAACAGAGAACGGCGGUUUGGUCAAAGAAAUGCUUGAGUUUCUCGCUAGCAGAUGCGGUACGCUGACAUGGAAAUUGUAGCUUUUUUCCCCAUGCAUAAAUGCUCAGUUGCUUGGAAUGAGAUAAUGAGUAGCAUUUUCUAUAACAAACUUGGCGUUGUUGUGUACAUAUUUGAUUUUGUUUUGCAUAAACAGUUCAUGAUUAGACUUAGAGCGUACAAUCCAUCCACAUUCGCGCUAGUUUUCUGGCCAUAACAGAUUUUAACAUCUCUUGCAUCGUCCGGGUGGAUACAGUUUCAGUCCAUGACCCAAGUUUUGAAUAUACGAUGGAAAUGUAUUCAUGAUUCAUGCAUUCUUCGCACGUCUUAAGGCCCAGUUUGACAAAGCUCCAAAUUUGAAAAAUGAGAUUUAGGCUUUGUUUACUUCAAAAAAAUUGCAAAAUAGGAAUAGUAGUACUUUCGUUUGUAUUUGACAUAUAUUGUUUAAUUAUGGAAUAACUAGGCUCAAAAGAUUCGUCUCGUCAA